AUGCCCUCCAAAAGUGCUGGAAAUGUGGUGAAAAAGGCCGGUAAGGCGCAGAAGAAUAUUUCGAUGAGUAAAACAAAAGGAAAACCGAAGAAACGGAGGAAGGAGAGUUACGGGAUUUAUAUUUACAAAGUGUUGAAGCAAGUUCACCCAGAUACCGGUGUUUCAAGCAAAGCUAUGAGCAUCAUGAACAGUUUCGUAAACGAUAUAUUCGAGAGAAUUGCCACGGAGGCAUCGCGUUUAACACAAUACAAUAAAAAGAACACCAUUACCUCCAGAGAGGUGCAAACUGCUGUUAGACUGUUGUUGCCAGGGGAACUCGCUAAACAUGCGGUCAGCGAGGGCACGAAAGCGGUUACAAAGUAUACUAGUUCUAAGUAA